GCAGAGGAUGUGUAUAAGGCACUGACUGGGGUGGGCUUUAGGUAUAUCAAGAAUCAUGGCAUACCAGCUAAUUUGGUGAAAUCACGCUCUGGAUGCUGGAUUGAUGUCAUACCAAAAGACGGUUGUGUUAUUGUUCUGAUCGCGGACCUAAUGCAGCGAUGGACUUCAGACAAGUUUCAGGCAAAUCCACACAGAGUGGUGAAGCUGCCAUGUGAACCAGAAGACAUGGAAGGGGGAGAAAAGUCUAGAUUCAGUAUGAUCUACUUUGGGAAUCCUGAUUAUGAUGCAAUGAUUAGCAGUAUUGGUGACUC